AUGAACAGCCUGCAGGAUCAAGGCCGAGCGCUGUAUAAGCGCGGAGACUAUGCAAAAGCUAUCGAGUGCUUCGAUCGCGCCAUUGGGAGAGCAGAGUCUGUCCAGCUUGUGGACAACCGCGCAGCUUGCCAUGAGAAACUCAAGGAUCUCCCGGCCGCUCUCAAGGAUGCAAAGAAAGCCAUCGGACUGGGCAGAGAGGACCCAACUGGGUACCUUCGUGCUGGCAAAGUACUCACGAAGAUGGACAAGCCGGCCAUUGCUCUGGACAUCUACUCGCAUGGAUUGAGGUCCGUCAGGCAUGUUGGGCAGGGGUACGAACUCCUCAAAAAGGUGCACAAGGAAACCCUGGACAUCAUCUCGCCACCAAAGAGUGUCGACCCACUCACCAUGCUGCCGCGAGAGCUUGCGGAGACCAUCCUGGAGCAUCUCUCCUUUCGAGAGCGUGUGAACGCAAGUCGAGUAUCAAAGGGAUGGGCCGCAUUCAUUCGAUCAACGCCGAACCUAUGGACGCAUCUGGAUCUUUCUCACGCACACAGAAAGGUUCCGGCCAAAUUCAUCAGCCGUGCUAUCAACGUAGGACGCUCGAGACUCCGUAAGGCUUCGCUCAACCGGCUUUGGGACUUUGACAAGACUCUUGUCGCGCUCGUGAAGCAGUGUCAGCUGGAAGAGCUGGUCCUGCUUCAGUGUGGGCUUCAAGGAACCAAUCUAGUUAGAAGCAUUCAUUCAGCCAAGCAUCUGAAGUCAUUCAACUUUGGAAGAGACACGCAGAUACCGGACGAGGACCUCGCGGCAAUACUCAAGGCAAUAUCCGAUCGCGUGGAAGCAAUCUCGGUCACUGUGGGCGAUCAGUAUAAGUGCAUACCAGCCAGUGCUCUCACGCAGCGGAGCGUUGUUCGCUUCGACUCAGUCUGCGAGAAAUUGACCUCACUGACGUGUACGUGGGUGAGCACUCGCUGCGCAACGACGCUUCUGGCGACAGCAUCGAUCCUCUACCCCAACAUCAAGUUCUUAGCCAUACAUCAGCGACUGAACGAAACGGUGAGCAGACCGGGCCGGCAGAUUCCGCUUGCCGAGUGCAAGCAGCUGUUGCAGCUAGAUCUCGAGGUUGAUCUGUUCAAUGAGGAUAGGCUGACCUUGCCUCCGAGCUUAGUGAGGUUGAGAUUGGCACCGAUAGGCAGCGGCCAUCGGCCGGAACCUUUCUUAAGUCUUGCUUCGUCGAUAACAGCAUUGCCAUGCUUGCAAGAGUUGUCGAUCGUUGGGUGGGGGCACGCGUGGGUGCACACACUGUGCUACGUGCUUCUCAGACGUCAUGAGAAUGAUCCUCCCAAUACCAGGAACCAAGAAUCCGCAACAGACGACUCUCUACUAGACCUGCCGAGCAAUGCACUCGCUGAACCACAGUCUAAGCUUCGCAGGCUUGCUGUGGAUUAUGGGAUCCACGAACAGAACGGAAAAUCCCUUUGCGCCUUUCUCGACGUUGAGCGACUUCGUGAGCUUGAGCAUCUGGCGUGGACCUCCGCCGCACUGUGCGACGACGACGAAGUAAGCGACAUUGUCAAAAAGCAACCAAAGCUGCGGACUUUGGACCUCACGGGCUCGAGCGUGACUGGCGUUGGUGUCAAGGAGGCCGCGAAGCUGCAGAAUCUGGAAGAGUUGGUACUGGACGACUGUCGCUUCCUUGGGGAGGAUGCUGUUGAGUGGGCACGCGCACAAGGCCUGAGGGUGCGACACAAGAUGAAGAAGGAAAUCAGUGGGGCGAAAAAGGUGAGGUACUAA